AGUUUAGGUGAUUAGUUAACGGAAUUAGUUUAGAUGAUUAGUUUAGAAAAUUAUUUUAAACAAUUCGUUUAGGAUAUAUAUUAAUUUAAUUUUUUUAAAUUUUCUAGAUGGCUCCUAGACCGAGACCAGCAGCUCCUGCACCUACGUAUGCGGAUUUGUUUGGCGAUGGAUCUUCCUCUAGCGGUCCAUCGUCUUCUUCCGGGACAGUUCCAGACUCUCACACAUCUCGGAGAGUUCCUUCGACCCCUCCUCCUCUUCCAUCUCAGAUGCCUCCCCCACGAGCUCCACCUGUCGCCCCGGAUCAGCCUGCCCCACCGGCUGCAGUUCAUCCCGAUUUGCGGGUGCCAGCUCAUGCACCAUUCGCAAGAUACACCGUCGAGGAUUUGCUUGCCCAGCCCGGACGAGAGGGUUUACACGUUCUGGACCCCGAUAGACCCCCGGGUACUUAUUGGUUUGGGGCUAACAACCGUGUUAGCCGGAGCGUUUCAGAGACGAUGAAGGGAUAUUAUGACGGCCCUUAUCCCAACUGGACCAUGACUCCCGAUCACGUCAAGACGACGUGGUUUAAAUGUUUUGCGGUAAUUAUAUUUACAUAUUAUUAAUAUUUAUAUUGUUAAUUAAAUAAUUAUUAUUUUUUUUUCUAAUCUUUUAAAAUGUUUGUUUUUUCAGCAAAGGUGGAACUGGUCCGUAGGAAUCACCGAGAGGGUGAAGAGCGAAUUUAUUGCAAAGGCGAAAACUCGUCUUUGCAACACCGUCUCCGAUUGGAAGGACAAGUGGGAGAUUUACGGCUAUGAGGGGAAGCCGAGCGGGGUCACAAAGGAAGCAUGGGAUGGCCUCAUCACCUAUUGGAACGAACCCAGCUCCAUCCGCAAAGCCAACUCCUGCUCCGCUUCCCGAAGAACGAGGGAUAAAGAUGGCCAUUUGCCCAUGGUUCAUAGAUCCGGCCAAAAACCCCAUGCCGGAAUUCGUCUCGAAGCUGUAAGUUUUAUUUAAAUUUAUAAUUUUCAUUAUUUUAAACUUGUAUUUAUUAAUUAUAUUUAAUUUAUUUAUUAUUGUUGUUUAUUAGUUGGAGAAGACGGGAGUUUUGCCAUCUCUCUCGGACUUAUUCAAGAUGACUCACGCCUCACCAGAUGGGGUUUUUGUGGAUCCUGCAUCCGAGAAACUCUUCAACGCUGUGGCGUCUCGGGUU